AUGGAGUUUCCUUUCGGCCACAACCACCACCACCACGAGCACCAUACCCCCCCCCCCCCCCCCCACCCCCGCCGCGACGACGACGAAGAUGAAAGAAACCGCUUUCCUCCUCAUUUCCCUUUUCCAGCAGACGGUCCCGAACCCUUCGAACCUCCUCCCGGCGUCCACCACGUUUUCCAUCAACCCGGGGCUGGAUUCGCUCCUCCGCCGACGUUUUCUGAACCUCCGCCACCACCAUUCUUCGAUGGCCCGCCACCACCUCGCCCUUCUCCCUUCGUCGACGAUCCUUUUCAUGACUCUCGUCACGAGAGGCCAUACGGACGGGAGGAGGGACACCACCGCUCGGGAUACUCCGAUCAUGCGAGCCAUGAGGGGGAGGGUGGAUCUCUCAAUCGGCAGCCGACUGUGAGAGUGUUCACCAAGGCGGAGGAGAAUUACUCGCUCUCGAUUCGUGAUGGAAAGGUUAUUCUCGCGAGGCAGGAUCCCAGCGAUGAGUAUCAGCACUGGAUUAAAGAUCUGAGAUACAGCACAAAAGUGAAGGAUGAAGAGAGCUUCCCUGCUUUUGUUCUCAUCAACAAGGCUACUGGUGAAGCUAUCAAGCACUCCUUUGGAGCAACUCACCCAGUCCAGUUGGUUCCCUACAAUCCCAAUUUCCUCGACGAAUCGGUUCUUUGGACCGAGAGCAGGGAUCUAGGUGAUGGAUUCCGGUGCAUAAGAAUGGUGAACAACAUUAGUUUGAAUUUUGAUGCAUUUAAUGGUGAUGAGCAGCAUGGAGGAGUUCAUGAUGGAACCAUUAUUGUGCUCUGGGAGUGGCUUAAGGGCAAGAAUCAGAGGUGGAAGAUUGUUCCUUACUAAUGAAUGUAUUUGAAGGCAGUUUGCUCAGUGUGUGUGUGUUAUGAGGUAUUUUUAGCUUCACUUUUUUUUGUGUGUUUGCUGAAUAAAAUUUGCAGUGGAGUUUGUUCCCUGCAUUUGUAUCUGUUGUGACUUCUAUGUUUGCUGAACUUUAUUAUGAUUGUACAAUAAAAAUAUUAUUAUGUGUCGUUUUGAAAAAUGAUGUUCAUC